AUGCAUUUAUUUCCAGUCACAAUGGCAUCAAAUGCAGGCAUCAACACAGAAAACGUACAAUUUUUUGAAGGUGUUGAAAAACUUUUAGAAGUUUGGUUUACCAAUUCUCAUAAAGAAGAUCAUAAGGGAGAUCUUCGAGAUAUUCCGAGACAUCGCUGGGAGUCACUCUUGAAAAUUGUUCGCUGUGAGAUUAUCAGUUUCUGUCAAAAUGAGGACAUAGAAGCUUACGUUCUUAGUGAAAGCAGUCUGUUUGUGUCUAAGCGUCGGUUGAUUUUAAAGACCUGUGGUACAACUACUCCGUUGCAGUGUAUGGAAGCACUACUUGAUCUGGUUGAAGAAUAUACUGGAUUUGACGAAGUAGAGGAUUUAUGUUACUCUCGAAAAAACUACAAACAACCGGAGUUGCAAAUCUCGCCUCACUGCUCUUUUGAAGAAGAAGUCGCUUUACUGGACUCAAUAUUUUCUGAUGGAGAAGCUUAUUGCUUAGGAGAUGCUGAUAAAAAUUGUUGGUAUUUAUACACUUUGAAUCGUAAGAGGUCAUCUCAAGGACCUAAAGAACCUGAUCAGACUUUGGAAAUACUAAUGACCAAUCUCAAUUCUGAUGUUAUGUCUCUCUUCACUCGUGAAAGAUGCUCAUCUGCUGCUGAAGCUACCAAAAAAUCUGGAAUAGAUCGAAUAAUUCCGAACAUGGGAAGCUACAUGACAAUCCACAUCACUCCAGAGCCCGAAUUUUCUUAUGUUUCCUUUGAAACUAACAUUCCUGCAAGCAAUUACGAAGAUUUAAUAAAAAGUGUUUUAGAAACAUUUCAACCUGAAAAUUUUGUGAUAAUAAUGUUUGCUAACAAGGAAUCGAUUGCAGCCAACACUCCACUUAAGUUUAAACAAGUAAAUUAUCUGAACUUCAAUGGGGAGUGGUUACGUGAUGAUAUUCAGUAUUGUCGAUUCAAAAAUUAUGAUCUCACUUGUGCAUUUUAUUCGAAAUUUCCAAGCUGA